AUGCUGGGGCGGGUGUUUGCUUCGGUCUCGCGCGCACCGCGCGUGUCGCUUGUGCAAGGAAUGCGCAUGUUGCAUACGACUCCUAGGUCACUUGGAUUUUGGGAUAACAUUAUACCUUUGAUCCAGGGCAACCGCCGUGAGCGACAAUUACAGCGAAAACAAGGCGGCCUGCUACCGCAGGACAUGGCGCGCAUCCAGGCAGAGCAAAAGGAGGACACGAUGAUGGCGGCUCAAUCAUCCACGGGUGAUUCGCUUGUUGAUGAUGUUAUAGAGACGCCGCAUUUUCGAAACAAGGAUUUGCAGCGGCGCCUGCAAGAGGAGAAGCGCCAAAAGCGCUUGCUCCGUAAACGGUGGGGCGGUAUCGCCAAGCUCGGCGGCGAAGAUAUACAAGAGCACAAAUACAGCACGGCUGUGUUUCGUAUCAGCCCACGCAAGCUUAAGCUACUUGCGAACCAGAUCAGCGGCAUGCCGAUCGACUAUGCUAUUGUCCAGAUGCAAUUCAGUAGCAAGCGCGCAGCACGGCGUAUUCGAUCUACAUUGGCCAUGGCACGCGAUCAUGCAGUGGCAAAAGGGAUGGAUUCACGCUCGCUGAUUGUGUCGGAGGCAUGGGUCAAUAAAGGCACAUACAUGGCGCGCCUUGAGAUCAAAGGCCGUGGUCGUAUGGGUGUGAUGCAUCAUCCUCAAGCGCGUAUGCAUAUUGUUCUCCGUCCAGGAAAUACCUUAGAGCAGCGCGAGGCGCAGCAACUGGAUAUUGCGCGCCGCCGAGUGCAGAGCAUGGGCUCUGGUGGCGUUACGCGCACCAACCGAAAAUUCGUGAACGGAUUCCAGCAUCCUGGCUGGGCAUGGUAG